UUACGGUUACACUCUUACCACUCUUACACUUGAUCAAAGUGCUCGCAGUUUUUCUCGUGUAUCGUCAGCUAGUGUAGUGCGCCACCGACAGCCACUUGGAAUAUUAUAACCCAACAAACUUCGUUUUUUUUUUUUCAAAGUAAUAAUCACCCGACUCCCCUCCUCUCCCCAGGUCCCAUCAGCACCAAAGUACCACCACCCAGUAGUUAUUGGUGAAGCCCACCGAGAGAGACAAAUAAAUUCAGUGAAGCUCGGGUAAAUAAAUCGGACCAAAAAAAAAAGGAAUCCCUUGGGAGUGCCAAUGAGGCGUUCGACAUUCCAAACUACCACACAUCACUGGAUUUAGUGCGAAGACAGAGCCUACCUGGGAUCGUUUAAGAAGCACGUCCCCCGAGACCCCCCCAGCCAAAAUCACACGCCUCACCUCACCCCUGUCCUUAUCCUCCUCAGCUCCCUUUUCCCCAAGUGUCAGAGGAUCCCAGCGUAAUCAAACGCGAGACAUCAAACAGACAGUUGGAUCUGGUAUGGACAGUAUGGAUAAUAAACCAGUGCUCAAUGAUGACCCCUCGGUCACCCUCACCAUUCGUCUCAUCAUGCAGGGCAAGGAAGUCGGAAGUAUUAUUGGCAAGAAGGGUGAAAUUGUCACGAGGUUCCGCGAGGAAUCAGGGGCCAAGAUAAACAUAUCUGACGGCUCGUGUCCAGAGCGAAUUGUCACUGUUACUGGGCCAACCAACUCAAUCUUCAAGGCAUUUACCCUUAUCUGCAAGAAAUUCGAAGAGUGGUGCUCGCAGUUUCACGAUGUACAGGGGGGUGGUGGUGGUGGUACCACACGAACACCAAUCACCCUAAGGCUUAUUGUACCAGCAUCUCAGUGUGGAUCACUCAUUGGAAAGGGUGGCUCUAAGAUUAAGGAGAUAAGGGAAGUCACUGGCGCACUCAUUCAGGUUGCCUCGGAGAUGCUGCCGAGCUCCACCGAGCGCACUGUCACCAUUUCAGGUACCAGCGAAGCCAUCACCCAGUGCAUAUACCACAUUUGCUGUGUCAUGCUAGAGUCCCCUCCCAAAGGUGCCACGAUCCCUUAUCGCCCUAAACCCCAAGUUGGUGGGCCAGUGAUCCUGGCUGGUGGGCAAGCAUACACCAUCCAGGGUAAUUACGCGGUGCCCGCCCACUCGGACGUAAGUACAGUAUUGUCAAUGCCGGUAUCCGCUGCCGGGCCUGUCCCACCCUCGCUGAACGCCCAAACUCUUACUGCCUCGCCUUUCGCCGCCGCCCACCCUUCCUCGCCCUUCGCUUCACACGGCCAUCCGCUGAUCCCGGCCCAUUUCACUGGACCCCAUCAUCCGCUACACCCGAGCCCCUUACACGCAAGCGUGGCAGGCCUCGCCGACCCCCUGCUGAAGAGUGGACACUUGCAGGCAGCCCUCCCGCCCGCACUCGUGGCAGACGCCAUGGGUAAACUUGGAAGCAAUCCAUUGGCAGGACUGGCUGCAUUGGGUCUUGGGGGGUUAGCUACGCCUGCAAACACAGGAGGUCUGAACCCAGCUGCUCUGGCAGCUCUGGCCGGAAGUCAAUUGCGCACGAAUCAUACCAACAGACAGCAGCCGGCAGCUAACAAUCAGACGCACGAGAUGACAGUGCCGAAUGAGCUGAUUGGCUGUAUAAUCGGCAAGGGUGGCACCAAAAUCGCCGAGAUUCGUCAGAUAUCAGGUGCCAUGAUAAGGAUCAGCAACUGUGAUGAGAGAGAGGGCGGUGCCUCAGAUCGAACAAUCACAAUAACUGGUAAUCCAGAUGCAGUGGCGCUGGCACAGUACCUCAUCAACAUGAGUGUCGAACUGCAGAAAGCUAACCUAGAGGCCCAAAAUACCCAAACCCCUGGCAGCGGCACCAAUCCCGGGGCAUCCGGGGCCAGUGCUUCCCCUUCUACCACUACUACCACUGCCUCUCCCUUGGCCAGCGCAAUCCCCUUGGCUCAGCUGCUAAGCAAGCCAGGUGCCCUCAACGCCCUAUCUAGCCUGACAGCUCUUGGUGGGCUUACGGAAUUACUUGGCGGUGCCGGUGGUGCCGCCGCAACACAACUACCUGUCCAGACAACUGGUGUACAUCGUUCACACAAGACAUUCACACCACGUCUACGCAGUCCUGGUGCACCAGGGCCAACUGACAGCGGUAAAUUCAAGUCUGAGAGGACCAAGUACAAUCCGUACUGAAUUUAUUAUUCAACGGGGGGAACGCUCUUGGCUUUUUUUUUAUCUUCAACUUACUAUAGAGGAUUUGUCUCACUGUGUUAGAGGUUUUCCCAUCCCUGGGGUUUAUAUUUUCUCUGUUUUCAUAGCGAACGAGUUAAGCCUGAUAAAUCGAAUUGUACUAUUUGUUAAAUAACAAGAAUCACCAAGUCCAUGGUGUUUAUUUGUGACUUUUUUAUGAAAUUUAAUCAGAUACAAACAAGAUAGCCAUCAAAAUUUUUGAAAUUCCAUUUAUCUCGUUAUAAGACUUGGUUACUGAUUUGAUUGAUAAUUAUGGCAAAUUGGAGUAGAUUUGAGUAGUAUAAGCUCAACGCACUCCGAGACAAAACUUUCUCCCAGACGAAUGAGUUCGUGCCAAUGCUUAUGCUUCAACGAAUUGGAAUAAGAAUCUUGUAAAUGCGAUAGGCAGACUCUGGGGGAAAAGUAAAAACCUCAGUAUGAUUUUUUGAUCGAAUACCUUUUGUUGCUGACUUUAUUUUUUAUAUUUGAUUUUUUUUCGUCACUGACGAAGGGAUGAUGUAUCUCUUUCUGUUGAUAAAUUAAUUUUCACGGAGAGCCUCGGAGUGCGGUUGGCGUGUGAGACAUUUUUUUUUUUUUUACGUAAUAAUUAUCAUAACGGUGGAUUAUUCAAAUAGUGUAUCCAACCUAGGCGGGUGGAUAAAACUCAUAAUUAAGAAACAAUGUAAUCAUAAUUGGUCGAUUAGGACGAUAAAGAGCGGAUUUAUUCUGUGGGAGAGUCAGAAGUCUUUACAGUUUAGAAUUUAGUACGUGAGACAUUGAAGUAAUUUUGAUUGACCUUUGUAACUCUUUUGUCGUCUGUAAGUAUCUACUUCUGUAAGCUCAGAUUUCUGCAGGGAAAAACGUGAGUCUCAACAUGUGAGGAUUAUGAUGAAACAGUGAGAAUGUUUUUGGAUCUUGUAUUUUCAAUGCGCCGGUGUAAUAUAAAAAAUGGUAAUUGGACAUACCUGUAAAGUGGCGGAUUAUUUCUAUGGAUUAAGCAUAAUGAGAUGAUGAAUCAUGUGACUUGGGAAGUGAAUAAAUAAAAUAAUUGGAUAUUUGCGAAAGAAUCCGCCACUAAAUCUGCAAAUUCAAGAGCUUAACUCAUUAUUGAUGAAAUAAUAAUCGACGAUUAAAUAGCGUCGUUGAGUGUUAUACAAAUAAUCAUUCGAUACCUAAGUAUACAUAAACUAUAAAUAUAUAAAUAUGAUAUAUGUAGUGUCGUAUCAUUAAACAAUAGGUGAGUCUGAGUAAAUGAGUACAUUUGAUUUAUUAAAAACAAAAAAAAAACUAUGGCAGAAGCUCGCUUUAUUCCAGUUUCAAUAUUCGUCGUAUUUUCAGUCAUUCAUGUCACAACAGUGACAGGCUAUUCUCGUUGUCUCGACUAUUUCAAUAUAGGAAAUCGUUAACUCUGUUUCACGAGUUUCAAGUUACUCUUUCCACUCAAUAUGUCAAAAAAGAA